AAAAAAAGCGAUAAUUUUACUCGGCUAAUAGUAUAAGACUAAAUGGUAUUACGUAUAUCAUCAAUUUGCAUGUGCAUUUGUUCAAAAACGCGACUUAAAAUUUUUUUCGCUCAUAAAAUAUAUUUGUAAUAAAAUGAAUAAUAAAACGGAACCUUCUUCACCAAGAAUCAACUUUUCACUUCUUUCAAAGUAUCGUGGUCAAACUGUUCGUUGUAUCGGGCGUGUUUUAAAUACAACAAAAACCGAUGCGACAUUGGAAACGUGUGACCGGGGACAAGUUACAGUUCAUUUGGAACCGGAUACUACAUUAAUGCCAUUUUCAAACGUUGAAGUUGUUGGACGCGUUACCACCGAAUUAGGUAUUAAAGUGUAUGUUACAUAUGACAUAAAUGAUGACUUUGACUUCGACUUUUAUAAUUCUUUGGUGAAGUUGUCGCAAAAUUAUCCAAAUCUAUUUUCCUGAAUAUU